GUUGAUAAUUCUGUGGAUAAAAAUGUGAACGAAGCAUGACCAAUAUAGCAAUACAAGUGGCGCUUUUAAGAAAAAUUAUCGCCACGCAGAACCUUUCUCCAAACCACGAAUUCAAAACAGUGUCUUUUACCUUUGGGGCAAUUUGUGAUGCAAUCAGUCAUCACAUUCCAUGUUGGUCCAAACGUUACUCAGCACUUCAUAUAUAAAUGGAAUUUCAUGGAAUUCUGCCAAUUUCGUCCAACAUACAGUUCAUGUCAUUUCAAGAGAUUUUAGCUGAAAAGAAUAUAAAUUGUAUCGUAUAUUGAACCCGUGUAUUGCAAACAGCAUAAUGAACCUUAUUCAUCUCGUCUCGAUAACAUUUUGCUUUUCCAGCUCAAUCGCUGCUCCAUCUCAUCAUAGAGGGAACGAAAAUUGUGAACCACAGAAAACACCCCUUUACGGAACAAAAUGGUGCCUAUUCGAAAGACAUCAAGCAGAGAUAGGAAGUAUAUGCUGGUUUUCGUGCGUAAAAGGAUAUCAUCUCCGGGGACCAACGGUUACAAAAUGUGUUUUUGACUAUGAAACCCAAAAAUCUUAUUAUAACGCCACCAUCGGAUUCUGCGAAGCUGACGCACCGAUCUUGAGAGAAGGAAAAAAUGGACCAUAUUUAUUACAUUCUUACGACCCAUCCAACUACGUCAUACAUGUCGGUUUUGGUGAACAAGUGACACUGAAAUCAUAUUAUUACUUGGCGCUAUAUGUUAAAUCUCCCGGAGUUAACGGCGUGAAAAACACAGUAUCCAUUCUCGUGCAAGGCGAUAGAAACAAAUAUAUCAAAUCCAACGGCACGCAUGUGUACACUGGUGAUAUGUUGGAAAACACUCCUUUGGAACAAGAUCGUGCCACUUUUUGGCUCCGAGAGAAUCACUUUUUCAGGGGAUACGCAGCCUUCGAAUCAUUUACGAAACAAGGCUAUUUUCUGAAACAUCAGUCGAGAAAAAUAGUUUUAUCUAAAGUGGAUGACAAAGAAGAUACAGUGUGUGCGAGCUUCAUUUGGACAAGAGAUCUGUGAUAUUUUAAGAGUGUAUGAGAAUCAGUUGACAAGGCCAUCGGCGAGACGACUAGAAAAACAUUUGUCAACAUUGAAUUAAUUGACUGCUUUUCUACAUUUUAUAUAUAUAUAUAUUUAGUCAGAUUGUUUGUUGACAUUUUAUUAUAUUUUUAACAUUCACUUUUGUUAUAUAUAAUCAUAUCACUAUAUUUCUUAUCUUGAAAGGUAAUUUAUUUUAACUUAUUUUGUGUUAUUUAUCUCCGAGAGAGUCUUAAUGAUUUAAUAAUAAAAGAAUGUC